AUAUUUAUAUUUUCGCAUAUUUAAAUUUAAGCAUCCUUUGGAAAUUAAUACAGGCAAUAAUAGAAGAAAAGAAAAAAAAAGACCCAUGAACUAAAGAAAGGUUUGAUUCUUUAGUUUUAAAGUGUAAAGUGGGUGUCAGGGAGGAAUUAUUUUAAAGACCCAGGGACAAUUUAGAGCAGCGCAGGACGGGCCAGAACCCUAAAGGCCGAGUAACAGCCGGAAGCCGUCAGUUACAGUCUGCAGUCUCCAGCACCCAACCAAGCGCCCAGAGGAGUCUCUGGUCUGAUUUCCAUUCCUGUCUCAGCGGUAGGGGUGAUCACUGGCCAUAGAGAGGCUAGGGUCAUUGCCCAAAAUGCCAAAUUUCAAAAUCUUCAGCUGCAGCUCCCGCCAGGACUUAUCUCAGAAAGUUGCCGACCGCCUGGACCUGGAGCCAAGCAAGGUGGUGACCAAGAAAUUCAGCAGCCAGGAGACCUGCGUGGAAAUUGGAGAGAGUGUGCGAGGAGAGGAUGUCUACAUAGUGCAGAGUGGUUGCGGCGAAAUCAACGACAACCUGAUGGAGCUUUUGAUCGUGAUUAAUGCCUGCAAGAUUGCUUCAGCCAGCCGGGUUACCACGGUCAUCCCGUGCUUCCCAUAUGUCCGGCAGGAUAAGAAGGAUAAGAGCCGGGCCCCCAUCUCCGCCAAGCUUGUUGCAAAUAUGCUGUCCAUAGAGGGUGCGGAUCACAUCAUCACCAUGGACCUACAUGUUUCUCAAAUUCAGGGCUUUUUUGAUAUCCCAGUAGAUAAUUUGUAUGCAGAGCCAGCUGUCCUGAAGUGGAUAAAGGAGAGUAUCUCUCAGUGGAGGAACUGCACAAUUGUCUCCCCAGAUGCUGGUGGAGCUAAGAGAGUGACCUCCAUUGCAGACAGAUUGAAUGUGGACUUUGCCUUGAUUCACAAAGAACGGAAGAAAGCCAAUGAAGUGGACCAAAUGGUACUAGUGGGAGAUGUGAAGGGUCGUGUGACUGUCCUUGUGGAUGACAUGGCUGACACUUGUGGUACAAUCUGUCAUGCAGCUGACAAACUUCUCUCAGCUGGAGCCACCAGAGUUUGUGCGAUUUUGACUCAUGGAAUCUUUUCUGGCCCAGCCAUUACUCACAUUAACAGUGCAUGCCUUGAAGCAGUAGUAGUCACCAAUACCAUACCUCAGGAGGAUAAGAUAAAGCAUUGCUCCAAAAUACAGGUGAUCGACAUCUCCAUGAUCCUUGCAGAAGACAUCAGAAGAACUCACAAUGGGGAAUCUGUUUCCUACCUAUUCAGCCAUGUCCCGUUAUGA